CGCGUUCACCCGCUCGGGGCUGGGAUUGAAUCCCGGGGUGCYGGAGCCUCCCGAGCUCCGUGUGUGAUCGCGGCUGCUGCCGGAGCUCCCGGGCACYCUCCCCGUGUCCCUUUUAUGCGCGGGUGUCGCGGUGGGGCCGCGGCGGGGCCACCGCUGUGAGUCUGAUUGGCUCCGCACCCCGCGCUGCUCCAGCUCGGCGCUUCCUCCUCCCGCGGCCAGGUAAAGCCUUCCCGACCGCCACCGGCCUCCCACCGCCGCCACUCGCUCCGGCUCGCCUCAGGCCGUUUUUUUCCCCUUUCCCCUCCCCUUCCUUGCUUUCUCCUCGUUUUUCCCCCCCUUUUUCCCCAGUUUUUCGGGCCGGGCUCGUCCCCGCGUGGGGUGCGGGGGGAUGAGCGGUGGGCUGGUGGACGCCGCCGUCUUGGCGCCGCUCAAACCUGUCACCAUGUCCGGGGACCCCCACGAGGACACCCCGGUCUUCGAGGACAUCAAAGCCCCCUCGCGGCCCCUGGAACACCCUCCCGACCUGGCGCAGCUGCACCCCAUGAGGAUGGACCAGCGGAUGCCCCCACUCAUCCUGGAGGCACGCUCGGAGAUGGACAAGUACCUGUCCAGCGAGGUGCCRCCUGUCCCGAUGCUCUCGGACAAGAAGUACCGCCGGGAGAGCGCCUCGGUGGUGGACGAGUUCUUCUCCACGGAGAAGCCCAGCUCGGCACCCUACAGCGUCAACAUCAACGUCAUCCUGCCGGACACCACCCACCUGCGCACGGGGCUCUACCGGCCCCCCAAACCCGCCGCCCCCUUCCCGCAGAUCAAAACCGAGCCGGGCACUGGCUUCUCUCAGCCCUGCUCGUCGGCCUCGGGCCCCACACAGACCCUGCCCGACUUCACCAGCGUGUUCAGCAUGCCCCAGUCGGUGGCGGUCAACAACAUCUUCAUCAAGCAGGAGAUGCCGGCCGAGAUCCCGCUCUCCGCCCACCCGCAGCAGUCCCAGCUCUUCCAGCUGCCCCUGGGCGCUGCCGGUGCCGACAUCCCGGCCCUGGCCUCCUCCUCUGGCGGCACCACGGCCGUCAGCUGCCUCGGCGGGGUCACCAUGGCCACGGGCUCGGUGGCCAGUAUGGCCCAGCGAGCCGGGCAGCCGGCGGGGCUGCUCAAGCAGUAUCCGCAUGUGACCCAGGGACAGGGAAGCUUUGGGAGCAUCUCCGGGCAGUUCUACCCCACGCCGGGGGUCAGCCUGCCCCCCUCGCCCCCCAACUCGCAGCCCGGCAGCCCCGAGAACCAGCCCGAGCUCAUCAACACCAUCUCUCCCCCGCCGUCCUACGAAGCCACCUUUGGACUGAAGCUGGUCCAGUCUUCCCAGAUUCCCCCGGUCCCCAACGGCRUCGGGGGCCUCUCCCAGGGCCACAUCGGGCUGCAGCCCCCCAAGUACAACAGGCGCAACAACCCCGAGCUGGAGAAGAGGAGGAUCCACCACUGUGACUACCCAGGUGAAGUGAAGGUAGGCACAGAGAAUUUGCACCUGGAACUUGAGGAACAGGGGAGAUCUCACACAGGUGAGAAGCCCUACAAGUGCACGUGGGAAGGCUGUGACUGGCGCUUCGCCCGCUCGGACGAGCUGACCCGGCACUACCGCAAGCACACGGGGGCCAAGCCCUUCAAGUGCCCGGCCUGUGGCCGCUGCUUCUCCCGCUCYGACCACCUGGCCCUGCACAUGAAGAGGCACCAGAAUUAGGAGCCGCCUCCCUUCCCACGUCUCUGAGAGCAGCUCAAGCUCUUGCCUUGUCCCAGGGAAGAGCCUGUACAUAGGAACGACCCCACGCCGCCAUCGACCAAGCCGGCCCUGCCCCGACUCUGUGUGGUUUGACCGGAGAUUGAAACCYACCCCACCCAUUUCAAACACAUCCUGAUUGCAGACGAUGCCCUGACGAGGCUCCUGGUGCCACCAGGGCGGCAGAGCUUGGAUUGCCGAGGGCUUUCUUCCAGCAGCCCUGCUGUUUAUUCAUCACUCAGGAGCGACUUCCUGCCUCGACACCUUUGGGGAUGGUUUGUACCCCCUUGGUGAGCCCAGGAGGAUGGGACAGCUUGGCUGGGACCCUCUUGGACUGUGCCAUGGUAUGGCCAUGGAUGUGACACCAUGUGACCRAGGACGUGGCACCGUGUCCUGUGGUGAGACCUUGGACAUGGCACCUUGUCCCAUGGUGUGACCAUGGAUGCAACGCUGUGUCACAUGGUGUGACCAUGGAUGUGGCACUGUGUGCCAUUGUGUGACACUGUGUCCCAUGGCAUGGCCAUGGAUGUGACACUGGUGCCAUGGUGUGACCAUGGGUGUGACACCUGUCCCAUGGUGUGACCAUAGAUGGGACACCAUGUCCAUUGGUGUAACCAUGAGUGUGGCCCCGGUGCCAUGGUGUGAGUGUGGGUGUGCCACCUGUCCCAUGGCAUGGCCAUGGAUGGGACACCAUGUGACCAUGGACGUGGCACUUUCUCCCAUGGUGUGACCAUGGACGUGGCACUUUCUCCCAUGGUGUGACCACGGAUGUGACACCCUGUCCCAUGGCAUGGCCAUGGAUGUGACACCAUGUCCCAUGGUGUGACCAUGGGUGUGGCACCUGUCCCAUGGCAUGGCCAUGGAUGUGACACCAUGUCCCAUGGUGUGACCAUGGGUGUGGCACCGGUGCUACGUGGGAGCAGGGGCUGUGCCCAGUGCCCAGUGCCCAGGGCUGACAAUCCCAGUCUCUGUGGGGGCAUAGAACAGACCUGUGACAAACUCACCUGAUGUGCCUUCAAGCAAGGGACAGCGCAAGAGCAGGUGACAGAAGUGUCACCUGUGUCCCACUGAGCCCGCUCCUGGCAGCCAACUCUGCAAACCCCUGUCCUGUUUGGCCAGGUUCCUGUGGUUGUGUCCUUAGCAUUUCUGCUUCCGAGAGGAAUUUGGAUUUCAGGUGUCUCUGGGAGCACCAGCCUGGGUUUGAAGCCACCCAGGGGACAGCCAAACAGUCACUGCUGAAGGUCUGGUGUCCCAGAAUCCACCGGUGGUGCCUUUCUCUAAAAUCCUCCCACUCCGAGGACUCAGUGGCAACUGGUCACUCUGGGGCCGCACUGUUGCCAUUCCAUCAGAUGGGAGAAAAAAAAGGGAAAAAAGCAUCUUGGAAGCAAACCCCAAUAAAYCCUGCUGUUCACGUGACUACCUCACAGGUUCACCGCCUCGGGCUCCCUGAGCACCUUCCCCCCAUCCCGUGGGAUGCACAGCCCUGUUCUCCAAGGGCUUCCAGGGGUUAAAUUUGGGUACAGCCAGAGCCAGUUCCACGAGCAGCUGUGCGGGUUGUAAAUAAAUCAGGAACAAAUGUGGGUUGUGUCCCACAGAACAUUGAUUUCUCCCACACCCUCCUCCUCUCUCAUUUUUCCUGGGAUGAAUUUAGGUGAUGCACGGGUUGGUGUGUGGGAUGAAAGGCCCCACUGGACCUUGGUGUGGUCAGCUGGCUGGAAUUUGGAGGCCACUUCUCUCCUCUCUGCUGCUGCCAAAGCCUCUGCUGUUGUUCUUUUCCUUGAAUCAACAGAGCCAAUCCCACUGGUCUGGUGUGGCAGGAGAGGAGGGCAGGAAGGGUUUGGGGUCCAUGGUAGGCUUUGGGAUGGACCAAGGUCCAGCUCUGGGGUGACUCCUUUGGCCAGGAGCUUCCUGUGCCACCAGGGAAGGGUGAAGGGCUGUGGGAUUGCGGGGUGGUUUUCCCAACAGUGGGAACAGUUUGGGCAGGGGGUCUGGCAGCCUCUUGGCACCGAGCCCGAGGGAAGAUUGGAGAGGGUGGCUCUCACUCAGCUCUGGGAACGUCCUCCACAGCCUUUCCCCAACUCUGCUGUUGGAUUGUGAUUGGCCCGUGCUGGGGAGAAGGGGACAUUUUCCAUCUGCUGUGCUGGCUAUGGGGUCUGGAUCCUGCCUGGGGCACAGAGCAGGCCCUGGCCAAGGCCACCUCCUGUGACCUGAGCUCGCCCUGAAKGCCAGGCUGAGCCUUAGGACCCCCUUCCCAAAAUGAUGGAACUCCCCAGUUCCACCUCCCAUUUGUGCCCAAGGUGCAUCUCGAAGGGCUUUGAGGAUGGAAAACCCCAUGGAGAGCAAGAGGAGGCAGCAGGAAGAGUCACUCCAGAGGGAUUCCAGCAUGGAGACGGUGCCUGGGCCAUCCCCAGGGGAGCCCAGGAGGUGGUGGGGACCCAACGUGGCCGAGCCAGGACCUGCUGGACUCUGUGGG